UUCUAGAGACAACCCACCCGAGGCCGACAAAAAACCUGCCUUAAACCCUCAGCUGAGUUCAUCUUCCUCCUCUUCUCCUUCUCCUGCCGCAGAGAAAGUGCUCACCUCACGUCCAUUUCCUCAGCUCCCAUUGAGCAGAGAGAGAGAGAGAGAGAGAGAGAGAGAGAGAUAAGCAAGAUACCUAUAUAUAGAUAGUGUAAUGAGCUGCCUGUCCCAUGUACGUUCAUACAUUUCUGUGGCAAUACGUAAGAGGUCGAGCCAGGUGACGUCGUGGAACCAAUGUUGCUGUCGGCCAUGGAGAAGCGAUUUCAAUCCUGCUCGUGUUAGCAUGUCAUGUUUAGGGUUUCGGCCUCACCAGUCUAGGGUUCAUUGUUAUUCCACUAGAAGGAAGGCUGGUCAAUCAGGAAAGACCGACACUGUUCCUGUUGCGGCGGAUAAAGAGAAGGACGCCUUUUACGUUGUUCGGAAGGGUGACAUCGUUGGAAUUUACAAGAAUCUGAGUGAUUGUCAAGCUCAAGUUGGAUCAUCGGUUUAUGAUCAUCCUGUCAGUGUCUAUAAAGGGUACUCUAUGCCUAAGGAUGCGGAGGGACGUCUUUCUUGUUUCGGACUGAAGAACCCACUUUACACAAUCAGAGUUUCAGAUCUGCAGGAUGAUAUGUUUGGCGAACUUACACCGUGUCUUUUCCAGGAACCGACUUCUUCUAAUGUCAAAAUAUCUGAGGAGAGUACAUCUGCCGCUGCGACGAAGUCUCAAGAUUUAACCGAAAACAAGGAAAAGGAUAAACUUCCUUCAGCUUCCGUGCCAGUUGAUCCUUUGGAAAUGCCAAUGAAGAUAGAACCAGCUACUGAGACUCAGGUUGCAGCUUCUGAGCCAACAUGCCUUAUCGAGUUCGAUGGUGCGUCAAAAGGAAAUCCUGGUCUGUCUGGAGCAGCAGCUGUGCUGAGGACAGAGGAUGGAAGCUUGAUUUGCAAGCUGCGUCAAGGAUUGGGAAUAGCGACAAACAAUGCAGCAGAGUAUCAUGGAAUGAUCUUAGGAUUGAAGUAUGCUGUUGAAAAAGGUUACAAGAACAUUCGUGUCAAAGGUGACUCCAAGCUGGUUUGCAUGCAGAUGCAAGGUCUAUGGAAGGUAAAACACCAGACACUGUCUGAGCUGUUCAAGGAAGCAAAGGAACUUAGCAACAAAUGUAUCUCCUUUGAGAUCAGUCAUGUCUUAAGGGAAUACAACUCGGAUGCAGAUGCUCAGGCAAACUUAGCUGCCCGUCUCGGUGAAGGUCAAGUUCAAGAGGAUUGAAGGUUGUGUACGUUGAAACCAGACACAUCCAAGAAAUUUGAGAAAGGCCAAGAGAAACAUGGAGAGAAUUCUCGGACAAUGAAUGAGGAUGAAGGCUGGAUUUGCACUCCGAACAGACAGAACCUGACUGACUGGUCAUUGCUAGUCUCUCUUUUUAUUCCGGUUGUUCGAUCGCAUUAUAUAAUCUUUGCGUUUUCUCAUUCUUUCAUAGAAUAAAGGUUGUUAUUUUCAUUAAACCAAAAUAAAAAGGUUGUUAUUUUCGAAACACUA